UUGAGCGCUGAGCAGUCAGUAGAAACUUCAGUGGCGCGCAGGACGGGCUCGGAGCAGAGGAGCUCCUGGGAGGAACUGGGAUACCUUUAUAUUUUGGGGAUUUACCGUCAAGCAAGGAUCCAGUGUGCGCACAGCCGGACUUCAGUGGAUUAUCUUCGCUAUCAGGAUGAAAGUGGUUUCCCUCGCCCUACUCUACCUGGGCUCCGUCUCCUUCUUCGGGGUGGAGGCUGCCAAGCUGGACGUCGCGUCGGACUUCAAGAGAAAGUGGAGCAGCUGGCGAGCCCGGCGGGACGGGCCGGUGCCACCGCUCACCGUGGCGCAGGCGGCAGCCCUCGGAGAAGGCAAGCGCCCCGCAGACAGUCAGGCAGAAGCAGCAGCAGCAGCAGCCGCAGCCGCUGAGCACAGGCCGGCGCUCACCGCGGCCCAGGCGGCUGCCGGAGUGAAGAGGCCCGCGCGCAGCCUGGACAGCCUUCGCGCGAAGCGCAACCAGGUGACCAACAUCCAGAACUGGAGGGAGAUGUGCGGGUUCGGGACGUGCACGGUGCACAACCUCGUGCACAUCAUCCACCACUACAUGGACAAGGACAAGGACGUCUCCGCCCCUCCCCAGAAAUUCGGCCCGCAGGGCUACGGCCGCCGCAGGAGGCGCUCGCUGCUGGACUCCGCCGCCGCCUCCUCCUUCAGCGGGAGAAGCACACGGACAGCGUCCCGCCUGCUGGCCUUGCUGCGGGAAGGCGGCUCGGCUGGGGCCCUGGCCCAGCAGCCCUAGCAAGCGAGGGCCGAGACCUGUUGCCCGAGGGGAGCCUUCGGCGCUCGGCAGGCGGGGAAAGGGGGCUCGCCCACCUUCAGGGAUCCGGAGGCCACCGGCAGGAACGCGGGCGGGGAAGGCGGGCGGCGGCUGAGCCCGCGCUGCGCCUGGAGGGACGGAAGUGGAAUGAUGAAACUGUGCAAAAAAGGACCUUUCCCCUCCCUUGUGUGGUGGUGAGCUUUCGGUGGUGACGGGCUCUUCCCUUCUGCUCCCCGCUUCUCCCCCUCUCCCCCCUUCACACGGCAGGGAACCGGCGACCCGCAAGCCCCUCUCUGGGCAGGGGCUGCUGUCUUAUACUUGAACGGCCUGGCCAGGCGAAGUGCAAUGGACUCGGUGGGCGCGAGCGGCUGAGCAGGAAUGAGUGGCUGGGUGGAUGUUUGCAUGAAAGGAAUGCGCCGUAUUUAAAGAAUUGUCUCCUGUCCUUGUAUUCUUUUUAACUACAGAGUUAUUUUUAUAUGUUAUAUAUAUAUAUAUAACAAUAUAUAUAUUGUGUAUGGGCAUUUUUUUUACUCCGUUAUUUUUUUUAGCAUUGAGAAUGUCAACCUUCGUCUUCAUCCUGGUGGCACCAUAACCAUUUUUCUUUUUGGCGAGGCACAAUGCAUUUCCGCGGGAGGGUUGUGGAGGUAGCAAGAUUUGUCGUACACAAUCUAUUUAUGAAUGAUGGUACAUUUCAUGUUAACGCUCCUAUUCUAAACAAUUUUUCUGUGAAGUCAGUCCUCUUGGUUUCAUUGGGGUUAACUACUAAGCACGCUUAGGACUGCAGCCUUAUUGUAAAUCUCCAGUUUCGGUUAGAACUGGUAUGUGAAAAGUGCCUUUCUGCAACCACAUAGUACAGCAUUGGGGUGCAAACUACUUGGGGUGGGGGCUUGCCCCCUUCUUGUGCCACCUACAGUUUUCAUUUUGUCUUGGUUUGUCUGGUUGUCAUAUUCUUUCCUUGUUUGCCAUGGUUUAUCACAUUCCGGACUGGUAAAAAAAUGUAUCACUGUUCUCUCCGGGGGCAGCAUGUGAAAAUAAAAUAAACAUUAUCACA